UUCUUCCCGAACAGUCACAGUUUCGUCUUACAUCUCACAGCCACUGCCAUCUCUAUUCCUCUCUGUUCGUCUCUACUUUGACUUUGCACUCUCUAAGCUUUAUUGUGAAGGUCAGACAUCCAUAUUCUCAAGCUGCAAACACAUUCCGGACAUCCAUGAUGCAUUCAUUAGAUAUCCUUGCAAUGGCUGCAGCGGAGGUGCAACGAAAAGAGUCUCUCGAAUAUGCCCCCGAAAGUUAUUACAUCCGCUCUCCACGAUCUUCAGAUAUUCCCUUACUAGAGAAAGUCGAACGUUCUGCAGCAGAAGUCUUCCUCACAGUCAACCUUGGAUUCCUUCUCGAUCAACCAACAGUAGACCCAUACUUGCUUGCUUCGAUGGCAAAUUCAGGUCACCUCUGGAUCGCAGUAGACAAAUUCGACCAGCCUAUUGGUUUCCUCGGAGGCCAAUACCUUGAGGGCAAUUUCCACAUUAUCGAAGUGUCGGUCGCGAGAUCAUAUCAAGGGAGAGGCAUAGGAAAGGCUUUGAUGGCGACAAUGGUAGACCAAAUCAGAGCAGAAGGAUACAAAACCAUCACUUUGACGACAUAUCGAGAUCUGCCAUGGAAUGCACCUUGGUAUUCCAGAAUGGGAUUCGCGGAGGUAAAAUCUUGGGACGCAGGAAAAAGCUACGAGGACAUACUCGAAGAGGAAGCACGACAUGGUCUGGAUAUCAGGAACCGAUGCGUUAUGAGAAAAAUCCUCUAAUUUCGAAUUUCCUCCCUUGAAACCCAACUUCUUGGGCAUGAUGAUACGACGAAAAAGAAACUGUUCCCCAGACAAAUAAAAGCCACACAACCGACAAUCGAAGACUUCGGGACGGCACGAUCUGCCAUGGCCAGAAAAAGCAAGCACUGAGAUUUCCGUGUCUUGCUUUCGGCAGAGAGUCAUGUAUCCCUAUUUCUCUCUCCUUCACGAGGCUGUUGUCUCAGCUCUUUCGACAUAUUUAGGAGGGAGGGAUACAGUUGAAAGUAUCUGGGGGAAGGCUCGGACGAUUGCGAUUGGUUUUCGAUUGUCGGGCGACA